AUUCUAAUUUCCUGAACAAGAACGAGAACUAUAAAUAAAAGAUUGCUGAUACAACAAAACAUAAAAAUUACGUUACAAGCAAACAGGAAUCACAUUGAAAGAAACCUUGUGAAGUAUUUCAGCUGUCAUCCUGGAAAAUAAUACGUACUAACUCGAGCCUGUUUUUUAAUUUUUUUUUACAAUCAUUAAAAUAAUAUCUCUUAAAAGCGUGCUGAAAAUGAGGGAAAGUAGCUUAAUUUGCCACUCACCACUUUCUUUAUUCUUUAACUUAAACUUUAUUUUAUUAAAAUUAAAGAUCUUUAAUUACCGGUUUGUAAUAUUUUAAUGUUAUAAUUUAUAUGGAUAUUAAUACUAUACUAUUACUAUACUUAUAUUUGAAUUUGAUCCAAUGGAAAGAGUAAGUCUAAGACUUACUAAGACUUUGUUAAAUGACCAGCAUUGUUGUAAUCACUGUGCUCUUUUUAUUUAAUAAAUUUUUUGCUUUCCAUGGCCACAUUAAUGUAGGAUAGGCAUAGGCCAACAAUUAGUACUAGCCUAUAUCUAUGGUGUACUUAGCGAAACCAUCGGCUUUGGCCUGCGUAAACCGCAUCGGUGUACCUAGUGAAAUCCUGGGUACACCGCGGCAAAAAUUUACCAUUGGCCUGGUUUUAAGAUAUACUUGUUGGAGAAGAUCGUGUGUGGUCAAGUGGUAGAGUGGACGCUUGGCGAUAAUAUAGUUUGAGAUCAAUUCUCAGUAGGGGAUCGAGUUUUUUUCCUCCCAUUUUAGUUUUAAAAUAUUUUGUAGCAAUUGAAACAAUUUAAAUAUAUGUUUAAAUAUUAUAUUAAAUACACUUUAUAUAUUUAUUUAUAUAUAUAAGUGUUUCAACAAGUUGUGCCGGCCUUUGACUUUGAAAAUACCGGUAACUUUAGUAAUAAGACUUUAGACAUUUGAAAACAAACUUAAAGUUUCUGAAAGCGCAUGUAAUACAUGAUGAUCAUGUAUAACAGAAACAUUAUGAAUACUAAGUGACUGAUAUUCUAUUGUAUUUCAACAUUCUUCGUAUAGUUGAAUAUUUACAUUUUACUUUUACGAACAACCAAAGAAAAUACCAGUAUGAAUAAUAUUCAUGCAUAUGAAUAUUAAUGUGCAUGGUCGUAUUUCAACCUUGAACCAUCUUGCUUUCACUAUGCCUUAUGCAUUGGCAAAAUGUACAUACGAUAUCAAAGGUUCAUUCACAACACUCAGUCUCACAGCAAAUCUUUUGAAAACACCUCGAUUUUAGAAACUUGCGGAGCGGUAGCAAACUGUAUAGCAAAGCCAUAGGUCUGCGUUUACCCUUUUCAUGACGUAAUUUGUUUCCAGAAUGGCAUGGCAUGUGCUAUUCUCAGGGUAAAACACGACGUUUUCUCACAGAAACCAUUGCACAAUGCGCCUGGGACAGGAUUUGCACUAUGUCAAAGUUUUUGUAUUUGUUGUUGUUGUUUUUUUUUAAGAAAUCGAUCCUUGCCGGGGAGUGGGGGGUGGUGGUGAGUUAUGGGCAGAGGCUUAACCAAAAAGAGGGCAUUCACAAAUCACGGCUCAGGAUAGGGGUUGUCCACAAAGGACGUCCGCACAACCAACUUACCUUUUGCAUCCCCCCUCCCUCUGCCUGCAUUUUUUUUACUAAUGUGUAAUGCCAAUGUAAAACUAAAUCAAUGAUUUUUAAUUAUUGUUAAAAGACUUUCAAAUAACUGCAGUGUUUCGUAUUGAUCAUCUUACUGCUGUUUUGUGUUGACACAUGCUUGGUGUCACAAUGACAAUGCCUCGGACUACUUUAACUUCACGACUUCAUGAUCAAUGUAUGAGUAUGUGAUUCUCUUCCCGUAGUGUAUUUGUGGCGUAAUUAUAUCAUGGUGCUAACAAAAUAGAUACACUGUCUUCCCAUUCAUUUUUACACCAUGCCCCGAGGGAUCACAUACAAUGUUAUAUUUAUAAGGCACCCCCCCCCAAAAAAAAAAACAAACCCAAAACAAAACAACUAACAACUGGGUGGGGGUGGGCAUGAGAGAAUAAUUUCAAAUUAAGAUUCACAAUCAUAUGAUAAAACUUACAAUUAAUAAAUAUAUUUGUAUUUCAAGAUAUUGGGGGAGGGGGGAAUAAAGUGGUUAACUUUAAAAAUAAAUCAUGGUUUAACAUUACACCCCCCCCCGCCCCUUCCCUUCCAAAAAUAAUAAGAAAUGCUUUACAUGCACUUUGCCACAUACGCGUGGACCUUACUCAAUAUCUUCCCAAGGUAAUAAACGAAUUUUUAAUAGUUUUCAGUUUUAACACGAGUAUAACAUUAAAUCUACAAGUACCGGUUAGGCCAAAAAGUUAAAGACUCGCAAAGACCAUAGUUUGGCUACUGUAAAUCGCUGCGGUGUACGCAGGCCACAGACCAUGAUUUAGCUAGGUACACCGCCACGGUGUACGCAGGCCAAAGUCAAUAGUUUCGCUAGGUACACCGCCGCGGUGUACGUAGUGCCAGCCAUUUUUAAAAUUGUAGGCCUGGAAAUAGUAGGUGGCAGGAAGUUUAAAUUAAAGUUAAAUUACAUUUCCGUCAUUCAGUUCAGAAAUUUAACAAAAGAUUAUUAAAACUCUCUUAGUCUUAUUGAUUGUUAUGGCAUGGGAGCCAAUUACAUUCUUGUUGAAGAUACAAAAAAUGACAAAAUUUAUUUUUUUUGUCCCGACAUGGGGGACUGAAUGACAUGUUAAAAUAGGGCUGAUAUUCAAUGGAAAAGGGUAAAUAGACAAUUUUAAACAUUGUCACUGAUCGAAUUUAAAUGAUUAAGAGAAAUCACACAAAAAAGUAUUCAAAACAUUUAUAGCUUACCAUAGGUAAAAAAAGUGACACGGCAAAAAAAUGGGGGUUCAUCUUGUUAGUAAGUUAGUAAAUUAUAUGAGCAUCACCGUUAGACAAAUAUUUAACACAAUCAAUGACAAAAUUAAUUUAUUAUUAGAAAACUGCGACGUAGAAUGCAAAAAUCCGACUACACCAUAGAGCUGAUUGUAGAAUGUCCACUUAAGUUUUUGCAUCAUUUUUUGCCAUGCGUAGAACCCGUGCCCAAGUCAUAGUACCAUACCUACACAUGAGUUGUCAGAAUAUUCAUUGUGUUAAUGUCAUGCCCCCAAUGUCAUGCCAUCUCCAGGUUUGAUUUCAGAGUUUUCCUUCUAUUGAUGAAUUACCAUACAAGAUUAUAAUUGCAAUCCACCAAGGAUGCUGGAUUUGUUUUUGCUUGUCUAGGCUUUUUUAGGGGAUUGAACUCCAGUAUAGAGCUUGGGAUUGACUCAGUUUAGACAGACUGUUCGGCCACCCAGCACCCAUAGCUCAGUCUGCCUAGUCUAUCUACUGCUAAUAAUAAUAAUAUCAGAAGACCUGCUAAGAAUAUGCUUUAUCUUCUAUUUCUAAGACCUCCUACUAAUAAUUAAAAUGUUGAUAACAGUAUUAAUAACAUGGAGUUUGAGUUUAAACUGAAGACCCACUUACUAUUCAGUAGGUUUAAGCUUGUAUCGACACAUAUAAAAGGAAAAUGCAUAACUUAACUAUGCACUGUUCUUUUAAAUAUACCAAAAUUAAGUUUCUCAUUUCUCUGAAUUUAACUCCACUCAGUCAUUUUUAUUCUUAAGUGUAAUUUAUAAAGCUUAACAAUAUCCACCCCCCAAAAAAUAGUUGGUACCAUGGGUGCCCGCAGGUGGGCCCUUGUCCCCCCCCCUGGAUUGAUUGGAUAAAAAAUUUUUAGAUAAAAAUAGACAAAAAAUUUAUUAAAGUAAAGAGAAAAUAAAGAAAAAGUAACUAAGCUGAUGUCCUGACCGUUCGUUCACCAUACAAAUAUGCUACAGUAAAUUAAAACUAUACUAAAACAUUACUAACAAAUUUUUGCGCCACCCUGGAAAGUUAAUNCCCCCCCUGAAAGUUAACCCAUUUUUUUUGCCCCCCCACCCCCCUGGAAAGUUAACCGAUUUUUUUUGCCCCCCCACCCCCCCCCCCCUAGAAAGUUUUCUGCGGGUGCCCAUGGUUGGUACCUAUCUAAUUUCAUGAAAUAAAAUAAUCACCUAUUUCAUAACAGUAUCUAAAGAUUAAAUAUGCCUUGUUUUGAAAUUGUACAGCACAACCAAAGGGAAGGGCAUUUAAUCUGGCCUGUAUUUUGAAAAUCGAAGCCAUUAACUAUAACUAGGUCCAAAUUAAUCAAUUCAAUAAACAUUAAAAAAAACAUUCAUAAAGAAAAAUUUAUGACUGAACUUAUUUUAGAAGAGAAUUCUUGCAACUGUUACUUUUCCCUUCAGAACUUUUGUUAAUUUCAGAUCACUAAUAAUUUUGAACUCUUCGAAAAUUUAACUUUAAUUUUCACAUUUAUUUUCAGCUGCACAGUGACAAUGGUAAAUUAACACUUUUUCAAAACUACCUGUGGCCUUUUAAGGUUGAAGACAUUUAUCAAGAUUUGUUUUGGUUUUCACAAGACUGAAGUUUGACCUGACCUCUGAAAUGGAUGCUCAAAUUCUUGAAGAGAAAAUGAAUGAAGCUCGCAGCAAAUUUGAACGAGCUUGCCAACAAAUAGUUCUUCUUGAUCAAAAAAUCAAAGACCUUGAGAUCAGGUAUAAACGAGCAGUAAAAAAUAAGAAAAACUCUUUCCGUUACAAUCUCCGUCUGAGACUUUCAGUGGUGACAGGUGUAAAAAUGAUGUACCACCAUUAUGCAAGCACAAAGGCAGAGGAGCUGACCAGGCUGCGUAGACUAGUACCGACAUCAGAAUCUUCUGAAACGUAAUAAUUCAUUAUGAUAAUUUUUUUUUAAAGCAUAUUUUUAUGAAAGUAAAAUUUAAUACACUUGAUACAUUUUUGAAGCUUAAGCCAGCAACAAGAAUCAACGGCUAAGCUAUUUAAUUUUUAAUAAAAUGUUUUUAGUCAAUUGUUUUUUUCAGAGUAGCUUAGUUAAAUCGGUUAAAAAAUAAUCCUUUUAGUCCCUCUCUUACUCAUACAGUGUUCAACUUGUUCAUUUUAGUUGAGCACCCAACUAAGCAAACUAACAAUUAAAACUAUAUCCUAUUCAGGUUCAUCUUUUACUUAAUUAAUUUUAACUUUUUGUGCAGUAAUAUAUUUCACAUUGCCUUUUAUUUAUACCAAUAAGACCUUGGUUUCAUUUUUAAUUGCAUUACUUAAAAGAGGAACAAAGCAAAAAAUCCUUUAAAAAAAAAAUAAGAAAAGUUCUGCAUACUGUUUACUAAAAGUUUUAAAAACCUACAGUUUUUGCCAAAGCUAUUUUGAAAACGCCAUUUUAUUUCUCUAUCCUUUUCACUACGGUACUGAGUUAUUCCUAAGUGGCUAUCCAUUGUCACAAAAUUUUGACUCCCUUAUCACACAUUAUCAUAAAUUUGACUAUCAACAAAGAAAUAAAAUCAAUGUUAUCAUGGAAAGUUCAACUUUAUUUAAUGUUUAUAAUAUGUGACCAUGAAAUAGGACUGAACCAGUUUGUUCAAACUGAACUUAUUUCACACUGGCCAUGUUUAUUGUUAGUUGUUUUUUUUUAAAGAAAAAUAAUAAUGUUUUAUAACAAAUUUUUAUUAAUGUAAGUUAAGAAUAUUGAUUUGAAAACGAAAAACAUUUUUAAGUUUUGUGUUUUUAAUAUUUGUUUUACUACACAAUGUUUUAAAGCUUAUAAGAAAUUUAUUAAUUAAGUAAUUAUGAAUUUUACUGUUGAUAGUGUCAUGAUGCUUUUAAAAAUUGUUAACUGCAAUUCCAUCAAAUUUUUACAAGAUAUAUUUCAAUUGUGCAUGACACUCCUAGUAUUUAUGAAAUGUUCUGUUUUUUUAAUUCUAUAUUUAGUGGAAAUAUUCUUUUUUUAUUUCUACUUAUCUGUUGAUUGAAUUGUAAAAAUGUUCAAGCCUGUGUGUGAACUUCAAUUUAAUGUAAGGUAAGCCUAUGAUAGCUAAGCUUCAAUGUGAAAAGUCCAAUUUUUCCUGUCUUUUUCACAAAAAUGAAUUUCCAUGAGGUUUUGUUACUCUCAAGGAUUAUGUUGCUGGUGUCCAUGCUGUAGCUUUUAUUUGUUGAUGGAAAUUGUAUUAAUGCCUGACUCUUAAAAAAAUAACUGCAGCAUAAAUUAUAAAUUUCUUUACAUACCGUAAUAAAGAGAGAUGCAGUCAUGUUUAUGACUUUCAUUUAAUGUUAGUGAAGAUACCCAGAAGUCAUUGGGAAAAUGCAGUUACUUAACUCUAUCGCUGCGGCACAACACACAGCACAUUUAUCCGAUGUGAUAAAAAGCAAGGACCAACGCACUGUGCAUUGUUUCAGUAUCAUGGUUGGCUUUUGUUAUUUCUCUGUUAAACUUUUUAAGAGCUAUUUUUUAAAUUAGACUUUUACAGAGAAGAGUGGUACUUCAUUGUUUAUGUGCGAAAGCAAUGUUUAUUUGUUGUUAUUUGAAGUAUGAAUUUAUUAAUAUUCUUGGCUGUUUUUUUGUUUGUCAAUACUUUUUCAAGGCUACUCCCAGACCCUAGUGGUGUCAGUAAGUUUCCUAGAUUGAAAGCUCAACAAGCUUCAGAAAUGUUUCAUAUUAUUUCUUUUGAUAGUGAAGAUGCUUUAGAUUUAGAUCCAUCACAUGAUUCCUUAUAUUUUCUGUUUAUUUGAGCUAGAGCAGUGAAGAUGAUGUAUGCCUAAAUCAAAGGGUUUUGCAUUUCAAAUUUUAAGUUUCUCUGAUAUUAUAUUAUUUUAGUGAAACUGAAGAAACAAGUUUACAAACAUAAAGUCCAUUCAAUCAUCUUUCAUUUGAUAACAAAUGUAGCCUUAUGGUUUAAAUAAUAUUUUAAAUAUUUUUUAAUAAACCCAACCUCUCACUCUUUUUUGCUCUUUGAAAAAAAAAAUUUACAUUUUUGCGUGAAAAAAAAAAAAAGCAGUGAAGCGUUAAAUCAUAGGGUUGACAGGUUUUGUGGGCAUUUUUUAAAAAUGAGAGACAUGAUAAGAUCAGAUGUUAAAUUAAGGUGAGGGAAUGUAAUUCGCAAUGAGUAAUUUCAUUUUUACAAUAAAAAAUACAUUUACAUAUAAUGACAUAAUCUGUUUUGAUAUAAAGUUUCCCAUACGGUAAAUGAUAAAGACAGUUUUUUAACACCAGUUGACAGCGUGUCUCUGAUUUGCCGAGACUGUCUCAGAAACACAUUUCCCAUCACUUAUUUUUUUUUUUUAGUCCUGUAUAAUAUCCCUAAUUUUUAAAAUUAACGUAGUGGCCCUUAGGUCCUAGCUACAGGCGCAUCGCUAUUACAUCAGUACCCCACAUGUGUCAUACGCCCCUUAGCCAAGCGUACACUUUCUGAGAGCCACUGACACAGAUGGUUCCAUUUGACUGUAAGGGCUCAGUACUGCUCUAUACCGGGAUGAACCUUUUCUGUGGAUUUACAUGUGAUUUUGUUAAGAGAGUAGCAUUGAACACUAUUUUAUUUUUAUGGAUCAGAUCAGUUUUGGCGGUUUAAAAAAUUUUUUCUUUGUGACUUAUGACCUGGAAAUAUAUGAUGGGUGAAUUUCUAUUAAUUUUUUCAUUUUUUAAAUUAUUCUUUUUAAAGUGACUC